AUGGGGAAAACCAAAACAAUUCGGCUGGGUAACCGGCUGCGGUACCCCAUCACCAUCGUCCGCCUCCUCAAGAACCCCGGCGACACGGUCAAAAAGCAAGAUGCGCUUAUGGAGUACUCGUUCAAAUGGUACAAGGAAGUCGGCGACACCAUUCGCGGCGAGACGUGGGAGGAGGAGCAAACCACCUACGCGGACUGGAGCUCGCCCUCGGAUGGUACCCUCAACGCCUGGAGCAUCAAGGAGGGUCAGGUCAUCAAGCAGGACGGGCCCUGCGUGCUGAUUGACGAGGACUGUUCCCACGAGAUCCAGUUCCAGGGACUUUGCGCCAUCUGCGGAAAGGACAUGACCGAGGCCAACUGGGCCGCCGAGACGCGCGACACAGAGCGCGCCCCCAUCAGCAUGGUGCACGACCAGACGAACCUCACCGUCAGCAGCACCCACGCCCAAAAAUCGGAGCGUGAGCUGCAGAAGAGAUUGCUGGAGAGCCGCAAGCUCAGUUUGGUGGUGGAUCUGGACCAGACGGUUAUUCAGGCCUGCAUUGAUCCCACGGUGGGGGAGUGGAUGAAGGACCCGACGAACCCAAAUUACGACUCGGUCAAGAAUGUCAAGACGUUUCAGCUGGAUGACGGGCCGCACGCGGUGGUGAGGAAAUGUUGGUACUACAUCAAAAUGCGCCCGGGCUUGGAGGGGUUCCUGAAGCGGAUUUCCACCAUGUACGAGCUGCAUGUCUACACCAUGGGCACUCGCGCCUACGCGCAAAAUGUGGCGCGUGUUAUCGACCCGGAGAAGAAGUUGUUUGGCAACCGAGUUAUUAGUCGCGACGAAAACGGCAACAUGUACUCAAAGAGUUUGCAGCGCUUAUUCCCUGUCAGCACCAACAUGGUGGUGAUUAUCGAUGACAGAUCCGACGUUUGGCCGCAUAACAGGCCCAACCUCGUCAAGGUCACCCCGUACGAGUUCUUCAAGGGAAUCGGCGAUAUCAACGCGAGCUUUUUGCCAAAGAGACAGGAUUUGCUCACCUCGGCGCCGUCGACGAAUGGUGUCAAGAAGGCGGAGAAGCCGGCCGAUAAGAACGCCAAGGCUGUCGCGACAGGCAAGGAUACUGAUGAGGUGACAAAGGAACAGCUUGAGGAACAGCAGUCGGCGCUGGAGAAGCAGAUUAAUGAACGACCGCUACAAUUACUUCAGGAGAAGCAGGACAAGGAGGAUGAGGAGGCGGAGAAGGCUACGGGCCACUCGGAUGAUAGUGCUUCGUCUCGAUCUUCGUCGCCACCACCACAGCGACACAAGGUCCUCCUGGACGACGACAGGGAACUCGAGUUUUUGGAGAAACACCUCACGCAACUACACAAGGCUUACUAUGCUAGCUACGAUCAAAAGAAGUCGAAGCGAACCAUUGGCGAGGAUGUGCCUGAUGUAGGGAACCUACUCAACAACCUCAAGGCCAAGGUGCUUAGAGGGCAUCAAAUCGCCUUGUCGGGUGUUUUGCCCCAAAACACGGAUAUUUACCGGUCAGAAAUCGGGCAGCAAAUCACCAGCUUUGGCGCCAGGCUUAGGUCGACAGUCAGCAAAGAAGUGACACAUCUUGUUGUAAACACUUCUCAGCCAGGAACGGCCAAGCUCAAUGCUGCCAGGCGGUACCCUCAUAUCAAGGUUGUCGGUCUGGAGUGGCUCGCGCAGUGCUUUACUGAGUGGACAUCUGUGGAUGAGACUCCAUAUCUGUACUUCAAGGAGGAUGCUAAUAACGUCGGAGCUGCUCGCCAAGCUGAAGAGUCAUCCGAUGACAACGAUGAAGAUAUGGGGGGCAUUGAGACGGGAAAUACCGCGCCCAGGACCCCGCAGCAAAAGAUGAAUAAGCUGCAAAUACAGCUACCCCCUCGAGGUGACGACCAGGAUGACGACGACGCAGACGACGAUGAAGACGGACUGCUGCCGGAUGAGGUGGAGGAAGGACAAAUGUCGCCUAUCGACGGGCUGAAGACCUUUAACUGGGGGUCGGCCGAGGACGAAUUGGCAGAGUUCCUUGCGUCUGGAUCGGACGAUGACGAUGACGACGAGGAUAUGGACGAGGAGGACGAGGAGGACGACGAAGAUUUUGCUCCUCCUGAUGAGUCGGAGUCGUCUUCCUCGUCGGAGGAGUCGAGCGCCAGUCGGAAGAGGAGCCGGAGUCGGAGUGGCAGUCCGGCGACUCGAAAGAGGAAGUUGGAGGAUGAUGUCGGUGAUGGGGAAGAGGAUGGGAACAACGAUGACGAAGGUGAGGAGAACAGCCCUGCGAAGAGAAUGAGGAGGAUGAAGAGCGCGAGGGGGUCUUCGCUGAGGCACCAGUAUGAGGCUGCGCCUGAUUUGCCUACACCGGCGGUGACGGGGGAUGAAGAUGGUGUUGAGGACAAGGUGGAGGAGGAGGGGCAGAACUUUACUGACCUUGACGAGGAGGCUCUGGCGGCUGAUCUUGAGGCUGAGUUUGCGGCGGAUCUGGAGGCGGAGUUUAAUUCCGCGUGA